GGCAGAGCGACUUUAACUUCCUGUUUGGAGCGUUUCAGGAAGACGAAGUAAUGGCGACGCUACUGGGGCCCGAGUCCCCUUGGAUGGGUGGAAAGAAACGGAACCGAAACAGGAAUAUUGUCAACAGAAUACGGCAGAGUCAGAUCGCGGGACGAGGCUUUAGCAGAGGGACACAGCUCCCAGAGGCUCUUCUUCAGGAGAGAGAUAAGAGGGCGAAAUGGCACGGGAUUCCAGUCUUGCUCCAAGAGCUGUACGAGAGCAGCCACCUAAACAGUGACUACACCCGCACACAUGUUGUCCUGAAGGAACUGUCAUCCCUGCUGUCUAUGGAGGCCAUGUCUUUUGUGACAGAGGACAGAAAGACGGCACAGGAGUCCACCUUUCCCAACACAUACACCUUUGACCUGUUUGGAGGUGUAGAUCUGCUAGUGGAGCUUCUGAUGAGACCCUCUCUGACUACUCUACAAAAACCCAAGAUGAACGAUGACUUGGUGAAGGACUGCCUUAGUGUGCUGUACAAUUGCUGCAUAUGUACGGAAGGAGUCACAAAAAGCUUGGCAUCGAGGGACGAUUUUGUAUUAUUUCUCUUCACGUUGAUGACAAAUAAAAAGACCUUUUUGCAAACAGCUACAUUAAUUGAGGAUAUUCUUGGAGUCAAAAAGGAAAUGAUUCAGCUGGAGUGGAUCCAGAACCUGUCAGGACUGGUUCAGAGCUUUGACCAGCAGCAGCUCGCCAACUUCUGUCGUAUCCUCUCCGUCACCAUCUCUGAGCCCGAUGUGGGGAACGAUGACAAACACACACUCCUGGCUAAAAACGCACAGCAGAAACGCAAUACCAGCCCCUCACGUGCCGAGGUCAACCAGGUCACACUCCUGAACAUCCCCGGCUUUAUUGAGCGUCUCUGCAAGUUGGCCACACGGAAGGUGUCAGAGUCAACUGGAACGUCAAACUUUCUGCAGGAACUGGAGGAAUGGUACACAUGGCUCGACAACACUCUAGUGCUGGACGCUCUCAUGCAGAUAGCAACUGAUGAAGCCGAGCACAGUAGCACAGAAUCAUCUGAUGAGAGUACACUGGCCACCAUCCCUCUGAGGCAUCGUUUGCCGCAGUCCAUGAAGAUCGUCCAUGAGAUCAUGUAUAAGGUGGAAGUGCUUUACGUGCUGUGUGUCCUACUCAUGGGCCGACAGCGGAACCAGGUGCAUAAAAUGCUGGCAGAGUUUCGUUUGAUUCCUGGACUCAAUAACCUUUUUGAGAAGCUCAUCUGGAGGAAAUACACCGCCUCUAAUCACGUGGUUCAUGGACAGAACGAAAACUGUGAUUGCAGCCCGGAAAUCUCAUUUAAAAUCCAGUUCUUGAGGCUUCUGCAGAGCUUUAGUGACCACCAUGAGAACAAGUAUCUACUUUUGAACGCUCAGGAGCUGAAUGAGUUGAGUGCCAUCUCCCUAAAGGCAAACAUCCCUGAGGUGGAGGCUCUAGUAAACACUGACAGGAGUUUAGUGUGUGAUGGUAAAAAAGGGCUUCUCACGCGACUCCUCACAGUUAUGAAAAAAGAACCGCCGGACUCUUCCUUCAGGUUCUGGCAGGCCAGAGCUGUUGAGAGCUUCCUCAGAGGGGCCACCUCAUAUGCAGACCAGAUGUUUCUGCUGAAGAGAGGCUUGCUGGAGCACAUCCUCUUCUGCAUCAUCGACAGCGGCUGCAAGUCCAGAGAUGUUCUGCAAAGCUACUUUGACCUGCUUGGGGAGCUUAUGAAGUUCAACAUUGAUGCCUUCAAGAGAUUUAACAAAUACGUCAACACAGAGGAAAAGUUCCAGGUGUUCCUCACCCAGAUCAACAGCUCUCUGGUGGACUCCAACAUGCUUGUGCGAUGUAUCGUCCUCUCUCUAGAUCGGUUUGAGAGCCAGACAGAGGAUGUGAAAGUGGUUGAAGUGCUGUCUGAGUGCUGUCUGCUGUCCUACAUGGCUCGAGUGGAGAACAGACUUACCUUCCUUUUUAGGCUGGUUAACAUCAUCAACGUGCAAACCCUCACACAGGAGAAUGUGAGUUGUCUUAACACCAGUCUGGUGAUUCUGAUGCUGGCCCAGAGGAGAGGCAAGCUCCCUUUUUACCUGAAUGCACUGCGGGAAAAGGAGUAUGCAGAGAAGUAUCCCGGCUGCCUGCUUAACAACUUUCACAACUUGCUGCGCUUUUGGCAGCAGCACUACCUCAACAAGGACAAGGACAGCACCUGCCUGGAGAACAGCUCCUGUAUUCCAUUCAGUUUUUGGAAGGAGACCGUGUCAGUACUGCUCCGAGAGGACAGGACUUGUCCCUGUGCCAUUAUCAGCUACAUAGAUGAGCCUUACAUGGAGCUAGACCGGAACCUUCUAGGUCCACGCGGGUGAAAAGGACUUCCUGCGAAGGAUUGCCCAUCCCAUCAUUCACUGAGAGGGAACGCAUUACCUGGACAGCUCAAUCUGGAGCUGACCCUCUGAUCUGAAACUGUUUUGGUGAAAUCGUUUGGGGCCUUUUUAUAGAGAAAUAUACAAAGACGAAAAUAUUUAGGCUAAAUGUCUGACUUGGAUUAGAAAGAUCCUCGAAUGAGGGCAAUCGAUGAUCUGCUGAUCUAAGAACUCUGCAUGGUCAGCGUUUAAGGAGAUUUUCUCUGUAAUCUAGGUUCACAAAGGCAAAGCAGAAAGUGUUGGAUUGAUGAACGGUGGCUUGGAUGAUACCUUGCCAAGCUGUCAGGUGGUGAGCGACUCUCAAGCUUAACUGAAUGAUGUCAAAAUCUUUUUAUAGUUUAGAUGACGGAGAACUGAAAUUGAAUCUGGAUGGGUCUUAUUUAUUUUCUCAUAUUUCUCUUGUAAUUUUGCUCUCUUACAAUAUCAUGCACCUGUUUUCUUUUCAUAUUACUUCUCUCCUUUUGUUAGGUUUUAUCAAGCAAAUAUGAAAUAAGAGAUUUUGAGUUUGUGUAUUUUUUGUAUUCAUUCGUUUUUAAUAAGAGUAUCGCCACUUUUGUUUUAUUUCUAACAAUGAAACACUUCAUAUAUUGUGGGCACUGAAGGUGUUAAACUAUGCAGGUUCUCUAACACCGUGGUCAUUAAUAUCCAGCUAGCCUUGACCUCCAUGCGGCCGUCUGUCAUUUGUUUCGUAGCAGACCACUAAAUCAUCAUCUAACAGUCCAGGCAUCAGCUGUUGACAAUCUGUGUUGCUCUCAAACACAAGGCUCUGGCUUUUGGCGGCCGGGAACCUGUGAAGGUGCUGCUCUGCUGCGGUCGGUUUGUGCUGGAUGUGGUAGCUGAGCUAGACUAGAAGCGCUAAACUAGACACUUCCAAUCAACUACCUCGUUUCAUUGGUGUUGUUUUCUAACCCACUCCUGUAGUUUAAGCAUGCUGCAGCUUUUAUUCUGUUGCACCCGAGUUCACACUAUAUGCAAAAGCUCCUCUGUAUAAAUGACUAAAUGUGUUUCACGAGAGUUGCUUCGCUUUUACCUGUGGAUGUUCGCAAGUUCUUUCAUGUGCUAUAUAUCGGUUCCUUAUACUGUGUCACAGUGCUUUGUGUUGGCAAAACUAUUUCAUACAAAGAGGUAUAAUGAAUGCUGCAGAGAUUUUUGGACACUUCCUUUGACCCUAGGAAUGUGUAUAUGUUAUGUUAGCAGUAUUGUGAAUGUUUGCUUUUACUAAAUUGAAUGAUUGCUACAUCAACGCAAAAGGAUCUGAAUGCCUCUUCAUUAUCCACAGGCCUUGGUUCAGUGUCUCGCAUGGGUUGGGUUUGGUUCAAUUCCCUACAAUUUUCUUACGUAGCUCUGUCUGGAUGGAUUUAGUCAUAAGUGAUAACCAUGUGAAGCCCAUUAACUUAAUGCUUUAAAUAAACCACAAUUCAGUAUCUACAAAUAUGAAA